AUGGCAGAAGCAGAAGCACAGAGGGAGGAUGUUGGAAGCACUGUGACCUUAAAGGAUUUGUUCAUCCACUUCACCCAAGAGGAGUGGGAGCCACUUGAUGAGGAUCAGAAACACCUGUACUGCAAUAUGAUGCCGGAAAACUUUGCACUGGUGAUCUCCCUGAGACUUACAGUUUCCAGAUCCCAUAUAAUUUCCCAACCUGAGCUAGAGAGUGAGCCCAGUAUUCUUGACAAGGUAGACAUAGCUCCAAUCAAGGCAGAGGUGAUUGAGGAUCAUGCUGGCCCUAGUUGUAGUCAUAGUGUGGAGGAUAAAGAUGUGUCUUCUGAACAGGCUGUUUCUGUAAGAAUAUCAUAUAUGCAAACUCUCCAGGUGGGUCCUUCCAUCCAAAAGAGCCACCCAUGUGACUUGUGUGACCCAAUCUUGAAAAGUGUUUUACAUCUGGCUGGGUGGCAAGAAACAUCUCCUGGGCAUCAACCAUAUCUGUGUAAGUCAUGUGGGAGAGUCUUUUGGUUCAGUGUAAACCUUGACCAAAUCCCAAGGCAGCAGAGUAGACAGAAAUUCCUUAGAAAGGAAGGCCAGGCCUCCUCUGCAAAGAGCUGCAGAUGCCACAUGUUAGAGAAAGCCCAUACCUUUGGGGAGAGUGAGGAUGACUUUUUGGCCAGCUCUGGACUCGUUCAGCACCACGCCACUCAGGACAGGGAGAAGCUACACAGGAGUGCUGAGUGUGAGGAGGCCUUUCACACUGGACAAAGGGAUCACCAGUGCAGUGAAAGUGGGAGAGAUUUUAGCCACAAAGAGGAAUAUGUUCACCAGAAAAUCCACAAGGGACAAAAGGUUUAUGAAUGGAGUGAAUGUUUUGGAUGCAACUCCAGCCUCAAAAUAGACCAGAGAGUUCACACAGGAUCAAGGCCUUUUGAGUGUGCUGAAUGUGGGAAAUCCUUUGGCAGAAGAGUCCACCUCAUUCAGCACCAGAGAAUUCACACAGGAGCAAAACCUUAUCGGUGCAACAAAUGUAGAAAAGCUUUUGGCUGCAAAGACGCACUUAUUCAGCACCAGAAAAUUCACAGUGGGGAAAGGCCUUAUACAUGCAGCAGUUGUGGGAAAGCCUUUAUGUGUAAAGAUGUACUCGUUGAGCAUCAGAAACUCCAGACAAGGGAGAUGUAUUCUGAGUGCUAUGAACAUGGGAAUUCCUUAGACACAGUUCCUACCUUAAUAUACAUAAGAGAAUUCACAGUGAAAUAA